GAUGCUGAAGCAAUGAGAGAACAAACCUCAGAGGAAGAGAGAGCAGAAAAGUUAGAGGAGACCCUGAGGAUGGAGUAAGGAUCUGAAGGACUGGUACAUGCAGUUGCUGUUACUGUUGUGAAAGAAGAAAGGGUGGUGAGCAGCAUUGAGGAGAGAUCACCAUCAUGGAUAUCUGCUGCUCUGACAGAGUGCAUUGAGCAGGCAAGAGAAGAAGAAGAGAAAGAAAUUCAGAAAGCAACUGAACGGGGUGUUACUGUGGAGGAUGCAGUGGUAGCUGCUAAGGCAGUGCCAGAGACCAGAAAGGAUGUAAGUGAUGACGCCACAGCAAGUGAACUGGAGCUAACCUCUGAAGCAGUGACUGCUCUGGAGACAGCAGAAGCUUCCUGUGCUGAAGAAACAAUGGAAGCAUCCCUUGCUGAAGAGACAACUGAGAUGGUUUCUGCUGUUUCACAGUUGUUAGAAACCCCAGAUACUACAGAGGAAGCUACACCAGUUCAAGAAGUAGAGACCACUGAACAAAAUUUGAAAGAAUUGGACAAACAGACACAAAAAGUUCUUCAUGAAGUUGCUGAAAGAGUCAAGUCAGAUGUAACACAGCUGGUUAGUGAAAGAGCUGUAGCAGAAACUGUAAUUACAACAGCACAGGGACUUGAGUCAGAAGUGAAAGGUGGUGCUAAAGAUGGGAGCAUUGUAGACCAGGAAACUGUUCUGCUUGAACAGUCCUUGGAAAAUGAACACAAAGAAGAUGGCCCCCAGCAAAGUGCAGAGAGCAUUCAGGACCAAAACAGAGUUGAAGAUAUUGUUUUACCUACAGGAUCAGAGAAAAGUGAAAUACCUUCUGUGAUGGAAAAAAGCACGGAAAGACAUCAAGGAUAUGUUGAAGAUCAUAAAGAAGUAAAUGGAGUGCAGAGGAGAGCAGAGGAAACUAUCACAUGCCGAAGAGUUAACAGCAUCAAAGCCAUCACUCCCAAGGAAGCGCUCUCUGCAAAGCAGAAGCCUUCAGAACAAGAGAAACUGCCUGUAACAGAGUUGACACUGAAUGGGACAAGAGAUGAAUGUGCUCUAGAAGGAAAGCCUGCAGUUCAGGACAAGACAGAGGAUGAAACCUCAUCCUUGGGGCUAACAGCUGAAAAGCCUGUGCAGCUUGGAGGAGAGGGCAGAACGCUUACUUUGGGACCAAAGUACACAGAAGCAGUUGUCACUGUGGUCCCUGUUAAAACUGAAAAACAUGAUGGAAUUCCUGACUUAGAAGAGCAGGUUUGUGCUAAAGGAGAGCCUAGCAGGACACCUGUCCUGAGAGAGGAAGAUGAUGCUGUGCUCAACGGAAUAAAAAGCACAGAAGUCACUGUUCCUGAGGUUCUACUGCAGAGCAAGGGAAAAACUUCUGCCAUUCCUUCAAAAACAGAUGACUCUGAAGCAGAUGCUGAGCAGAGUGUGAGCAAUGGGUCUGACAGAGACUUUGCAGCAAAAUAUUCUGUGGCCAUCACAGAACCACAAUGCAGAGACAAAACAACUGAAACUCCCUCCAAGAGUGACGAAGCAAAAGGUGGCAAAGUGGAAAGUGCUGUGCUCAAAUCUGAAAUGCAACUGGAGAGCACUUCCAUUGUUACCGAGGCUCCUAUGCAGAUUGAAGCACAUGGGGCAUCUAAUUUAGCAUCAACAUGCCCAGAGAUUGUUGAAAAUGGAAGUGCUGUUAUCACUGAUAUAAGUCCUAAGAAAUGCGAAACACCCAGCAGCUUGGCUGGAGAAGAGACUGUGGGAAAAGGACAAGAACUCGUAGAAACCUUGAGCUGUCAAGGUUCUCAGAAAGUAGAUAAGAAAAAUGAACAAUUGCUGGAAGGAGCCAAAGAAGCAUUUGAAUAUGGAAAACAGGAAGCUGUGAGGCAUGAUGAAUGUUCGACUGCUGUCCAGCAAGAGGAAGGCUCUGACUCAGCCUUUGCACAGGCUGAAAGCUUAGGGGCUCUGAAAACACCUGUGGCUGUCGCAGCUGCAGCAGGUGGAGAGCAUGUCGUGGCAGAAACUGCGACACACACAGACAUGACAACCAAAACUGCACAGCCCUUGGCAACCACACCAGAGCAAAUGGUUUCUCAAGAGGUCCCAGUUUCUAAUAUUGACUGUUCAGGCUGUGGGACUGCAGAGCUUGAUAGUGUGGAGGCAACCAAGCCUGGAGUAACUUGUGCUUCUAUGAAUGGAGUAUCAGAAGAGCAAGAGCAGCCCCAGAGCACAGAGCAAGCCGAACACAAUGGUAUUCCUUCAAGUCACAGUCUGUCUCCCAGCCACCCGGAAUUUCAGAAGCAUGUCGUUCAGUCUGUGAUCAUAGAGUCCCAGAGCACAGAAAUUGUAUUGAAUGCCAUCCAGUCAGCUGUUCACAAGCUUGCAGAAACAGAAGAGUUGGCUGCCCUUGAGUCAGAGCAGAGCAUUAAGUCCAUAGGGAAAAACCCAUCAGAUACAAUUGUACCUGAACUUCUGGGAAGUACUGGCAGGGACAGAGGGUUUUACCAGUUCCAUUCCCCAAGUGACCAAGUGCACAUACUAGCAACCGCACUGCCAGCAUUAAAUCAAUUCCCCAGGGGGGAUGAGAUAAAUAGCCCUGCCCAGAGAUACUGGGCCACCCGAGCGCUAGAGAAAGGCCCACAAGUUACAGUUAAGAACAGACUAAAGGAGUGGGAACAAGGUAGGAAACUAGUGCUCACGGGGCAAGAGUACGUGGCUGUAAAAAAGGAUGAUGUUAUCAAGUAG